AAAUUACGCCCCAUUGCUUAUCAUAUGCAUUCCCCAAUGCAAUUGGCAUUAGGCUUUGAGCCCGAUAUUUCGCACCUUCGCACAUUUGGUUGCGCUGUGCAAGUGCCAAUUCCUCCUUCUCAGAGGACUAAAAUGGGUCCCCAACGCCGACUUGGCAUAUACGUUGGGUUUGAUUCACCGUCGAUUAUUAGGUUCUUGGAACCAAUGACGGGUGAUUUAUUUACCGCUAGAUUUGCGGAUUGUCAUUUUGAUGAGACAUUAUUUAUACCGAUUGGUAAGGAUAUUCAGAAUAUCCGUGAUAAUGAUAAACAAAAACCAAUCGAGAAUCUCACAUGGUGUGAGCAACAUUUAUCUCAUCUCGACCCACGUACCUCUGAAUGUGAAAAUGAGAUCCAUAGAAUCAUUCAUUUACAAAAUAUUGCCAAUAGACUUCCUGAUGCAUUUAAUGAUGCCAGUAAAGUUACGAAGUCUUAUAUUCCAGCUGUGAAUGUGCCAGCUAGGAUCGCUGUUCUUGAAGAACAUGCGAAAAUGAAUGAUGAUCCCCCACGACAAAAACGGGGUAGACCUAUUGGAUCAAAGGACGUUGUUCCUAGAAAAAGAAAGGGGAAAAUCAAUGAAUCCUCAAAUGAGGCGAUUCCUAGUGAGAAUGCUCCAGAUGAAUCUGUUGAGCCUGAUAUCGAAAAAGCGAUAUCAAAUCCCGGGAAUACCGAGAAUCCCAUAAGUUAUUGCAAUGAAAUAUGGGAUAGAAAUGAGAUAAUCAUCGAUAAUAUUUUUGCAUUCUCGGUUGCAUAAGAAAUUAUGUACGAUGAUUAUGAUAGUGAACCGCGUUCCAUAAUGGAAUGCCGCCAAAGAAAUGAUUAGCCUAAAUGGGAGGAAGCAAUAAAAUCUGAAUUGGUUUCCCUAGAAAAACGGAAAGUAUUCGGGCAAAUCGUUCAAACUCCGGAUAAUGUAAAGCCCGUUCGGUAUAAAUGGGUAUUUGUCCGUAAAAGGAACGAGAACAAUGAAAUUGUAAGAUAUAAAGCCCGCCUUGUUGCUCAAGGCUUCUCCCAGCGACCUGGGAUUGAUUAUGAUGAGACGUAUUCACCAGUGAUGGAUACGAUCACUUUCCGUUUUCUUAUCAAUAUGGUCGUCCAAGAGGGACUGGACCUGCGUCUAAUGGACGUUGUAACGGCCUAUCUAUAUGGUUCACUAGAUUCUGAUAUUUAUAUGAAAAUUCCCGAUGGAUUUAAAAUGCCAAACUCUAGCGCUCCUCGUGAGCUGCACUCAAUCAAAUUACAGAGAUCAUUGUAUGGUCUAAAGCAAUCCGGUCGCAUGUGGUAUCAUAGAUUGAGUGAAUACCUUAUCAGGGAAGGUUAUAAAAAUGAUCAUAUUUGCCCAUGCGUUUUUAUUAAAAGAUCAGAAACCGGAUUUGCUAUUAUUGCGGUUUAUGUAGAUGACAUGAACCUCAUUGGCACUCGUA